UGGAACUAUACAGUGUACACCCGCAAAAGUUUAUAUUCUAACCCGUAUUCUCCGCUUAGUGGAAGAUCAACCCGGAGCGUAGUAAAUUUUAAGCCUGACUCUCUCGCGACAACAACCUUAAAUACUUCUAAUAUACACUAAAAGGCAGUCACGGAAGUCAACUAACAAAAGUCGAAUCCAAAAUUUUCGAUAAAAUCGAAUAUUCAUUGAAAAAUCGGAUCUGCGAGAAAAUGGUUCUACAAAGCAACGGGCGAGUGUCAUCCAAAGUUCGACAAAAUAUCAAUAUGGUAUCAAUCGCCACGGUCCAAAACGUUGUGAGAGGAGCAAGCCAGAUUACGACAAAGAUUACGACUAACACAUGUCGGAGCCCGAUUUGGAUCUGCCUUCUGCAUACCCAAACGGCCUCGUAAAUACAUAAUUAUUUGUGUGUCAUUACUUGGUCAGCAUAAUCCAGUUAUGUUGGCAAGUGUCACGUUGACAAUGCUGGAUGUUGAAAUAUUUAACAAUAACCUAAGUAACUAAAAACUGGGACAUAACAUAAUAAUUUUACGAUUAGAGAUGUCGUUAGGGAAUUUGGUAGUGAAAAAAAUCGAUAUGUGAUUUUGUUAAAUUUAUCUAUUUUGUUUGUUAACGAGAACAGGGUGAUCUUUUAUAUAGAAGGAAAGUUCGGGGUUCAAAAUCAUAUUCUUCAUUUUUGAUAACUUUAGUUAUAUUAAGUAAUUUAUUACCCCGCAACAUUUGGAUGUAUUUGAGAUACAAAUAACGCAGCCAUUUCAGCAUGUUAUUAGGACAGUAUUUGGAAUUCAGUCGUCUCCGCCGUUGAUAUAUAGACUGGUCAACAGCUGUUCUUGAAAAUAUUUUUUGAGUUGGAUUUUUAACCGUUUUAUUAAAAACAUGCUCGUACCUAACAUUUUGUCAAUUGACUUUGGUCGCCGAGAACUGCGUAUUUUCGUUCCUUCUCCCGCGGAAGGCGAAAUACCUGACAAAGCAUACACGUCCUGAUCUAUUUCGUAAUCUAAUUAAAGAAAAGGCAUCUUCAAUUAUUGAGAGGACGAGUGAUGCGGAAAGUGAUGGUUUCGACCCUGGAGACACGUGCAUGGAUUUUACUGGCUACGUGGAGACUAUUGAGGGAAUGAGGGACGUACGCUCACCUCAAAAGCACCUAUUCAAAUUUAUCAUCAGCAGCGGUAAUAACAAACGAAUGCCUGUAUUAAUAUCGGUGAAAGAAGCACUGAAGUAUUUUUCCUAGAUCGCACUAAAGCAGGGCCCGGCUACCUGGGCUCAUCGGGCUCAGGCGGCUCCCGAGGAUCGUUAGUGACAGCUGGGAGAGGGGCCACAGCCACUUAAAGAAACUACCUGCUCUAAUUCGAUUUUUCUGUCUCCUUGAGCCUUGGUUCGACCGAUACCGGAAGAGGACGGCCGUGCAAUCGAGCACUACCAGAGUAUCCAGAAUAUACCUCUGCAUUGUUCAAACAAAAAUACAGAAUCCAACUCUUUCAAUUUUUGAUAUACUGGAAUAUAAUGUAUUAUUCGAACGAAUUUUGGAGGGAUGCAUAAUAUUCGGAUGCUAGAAAAGAAUUACCAGACGUCGUAAUAAUUGAGAGGAGGACGCAUACUUAUUCGGAUAUUAUAUUUAGGAAUGUGUAUUCAAUAGUGAAAACCAACCGACGUGGUAGCUCAGUGGCUAGGUGCUAGUUUAGUGUUCUGAAAGUUGCAGGUUCGAUUCCGCGUUCAAUUCAAUUUUCAACAGACACCGAUGACGGAGAGGUUGAUAAUAGAGCAACCGCCUGUACUGACAUGGUCUUUCCUGUGGUUUUCUAUGUCACUCCUAUGUUCUAUAGGAGAAUGAAUACGGAACAGUGCAUUAUCCACAGCCGCAUGCAUAGGAUGAGAUAGUACCGGAAUGCAAACAAACCACUUAUGGAAAAACGAAGGCGUGCAAGAAUAAAUCAGUCACUAGCAGCUCUUAAAGCACUGAUACUGGACAGUGCACGUCUGGAAAAUACAAAACAUAGCAAACUUGAGAAAGCAGAUAUUCUGGAACUGACUGUGCGACAUUUGCAGCGACAGAGAUCAUUAACUCAACCAGGUCUGUCGAGGUACAAAGCUGGGUAUCACGAUUGCUCCCGAGAGGUGAGUCGUUAUUUGGAGGCUCCGGAUAUCAUCACUGGAAAUACUUCUUCGAUGGAGCCAGCCAUAAAACAACGGCUGCUACGUCACUUAGAUAGUUGCGUAUCAGAGUUGGAUCUCGACUUAGGCUCUCGACCAGACAGCGCAAUAGGUAGUAGUUCAGGAAGUAUGGCUGACCGUAUAUCAGGUACGACAAGUCCAAGUGCUCGGGAGCAAUAUACACUAGCAGCGCCUCAGUGUAGUUCAAGUUCGAAUCCCGUCUUAAUGAAAUCUGAAGUCGCGGAUCAAGAGUCAACAAGGCCAGAUAGUAGUACAACAGCGGGAGAUGAAAAUAAUAACAGUAGUAGACCAUCAUCAGCACUUACCCAAGUCAACCUAGCUACAUUGGAUUCUCAUCUUUCAGGAAAUAUUAUGGUCGAUCAGGCUUCAACGUCAAACCAAAAUCCGAGUAUGCUCUCUGUAGUACAGGUUAUACCAUCACGCCUACCAGAUGGUCAAGUUGUUUUUCUUUUACCCAGUCACUACGUUCAAUUGGCUGCAGCAGCAGCAGCGAAUGGAAUUAACAUUGGACCCAAUGCCCCUACUGCCAUUUGGGCGGCAACAAAUAUGUCAUUGCUUAAAAACACUGAAAAAUUACAAAAGAGGUCACAUGAAGACAUUUCACAAGGUUGGAUACCUGACGGCAGUAAGGCAGCGAAAAGUCCAAAGAUUGAGCUAUCAGAACAACCACUAGAUUUUACUACAACCUCCAAAAAAUUGAAAGGACGACUUGAGCACCAGGCACAAACCGUACUAAUCAUCCACAAUGGCAGAUCGCCUAGUAAUGGUGGAAGUGAAGAAGAUAUGUCAAUGUCAACGAUAAGGCAGCAUUCAAUAAAAGACGAAGAGGAAAUGUGGAGACCUUGGUAAAAAAAAGAGCUCCGUUGUUGCUUCAUCAUUAUCGAACUGAGGCAGCAAUGGAAAUGAAACAACAUGCGUAAAUACGCAUGCUGAUGAACCAUGCAAAAUUAUUGAUAUUAAGUAAAGUACAGAUUUAUUUUACAGUUCUCUUGGUAUAUGUUCAUCAAAUUUGAAAACAUCAUUAAGUGCAAGGUUUCGACACUAUACUUUGUGGGGUAAUUCAGUGUUGCUUACUCGCAGUAUAGCUAAUUGUAGUUGAAUGUGAAACAGAUAACUCAUGAGAAAGUACAACAAUUAAUUAUUCCGAAGAAGUCUCUAUGAAGCUAAGGUGGUUAGAAAAACUAAAUGCUAUUGGUUGGAAUAUGUAUAUAAAAUCCCAUCAUUGAUGUACUCAGUUACAUAGUCAA